CUGUUUCUUGGGUACAUAUUCACACCUAGACACUUGACUGGCUGCUCCUAUCUGCAAUUUCUGUGCUCCCCUGCGACGUGGCCGCGACUGAGCCAGGGCUGCGCUUCUUUCUAGGUUACAUAUAUUGAGUGGUGUAGUCCAGCUGCGAAACCAUGACGACUGCGCAUCGCCCAACAUGGGCUCCCGCCAUAGGUGGCGAGGAGCAGGGCGGCAUGCGUAUUUUCAAGCCUAGCGUGCAGCAAUCAGCCAAGAACUUGCCUGGCCACACCAAGCUGAAGUUCAGGCAGACUGGGCAGGCUGCUGAGGAGGAGCUCAGGGCCAAGGACCUGCGCGCGGAGUUGGAGGCGAAGGAGCGAAAGCACUUUGGAAAGCAGAGCGGGACAGACACUUCGUUUGAAGACGAACGUAAACGAGACCUGGAGCUUCUUCAAUCCGCACCACCAGAGGGAGGAGCACGGCAGCUCAUACCCAAAGCGAUCGAUGCUGACGACGAGGACCCGGAAUCCUCCGAGAGCAGCGACGACGAUGACGACGACGACGAGAAGGCGCUGCUGCUGGCGGAGCUGGAGCGCAUCAAGAAGGAACGCGCCGAGGACGCCGCCAAGAAGGCGCGCGAGGAGGCUGACGUGGCCGCUAAGGCGCGGGAGGAGGAGCUGCGCGCAGGCAACCCCCUGCUGGCCAUCGGCGCGGCGGGCGGGGCGGCGGGAGCCGACGUCAGCUUCAACAUCAAGCGCCGCUGGGAUGACGAUGUGGUGUUCAAGAACCAGGCGCGCGGCGAGCCCAAGCAGCAGAAGCGCUUCGUGAACGACACCAUCCGCAACGACUUCCACCGCCGCUUCCUGCAGCGCUACAUCCGGUAGCGGGGGAGGGGGUGAAUGGGAGUGGGGGCGGUGUGGUGUGGUGGCGGUGGCGGGAGGUGACGGUUGGUUGGUGAUGGGAGAUGGAGGUGGGAGGGGGAGGAGGAGGUGGUCGCGUUGGCGGCGGCGGCGGUGGCGGCGGAAGUCUGUGUGUGCCGUGAAGUGCUGGCGGCUUGAGCCACUUAGGGGCGGUAGGACGGGUAGCGGCCUGUACAUGUACGGAUUGUGUGUGUAUGUGUGCGUGUGUGUUGGCACGGUGGCUUCGUCCUAUGGCCGUGCUGAGGCGGGGCGUUGAAGGCGGGCACCUGAGCCGGACACCUGAGCUGGACACCUGAGCCGGACACCUGAGCUGGCCGCUGGCUAGAGAGGUUGGGUCAGCCUGCAUCCGGAGAAACGUGAAUGCGUGGAGGCCGCAGAACGCGGUCAUGGGAAGCGCGGGACAUGGUUGCGGGACGUAGAUGUGGCCAUGUAACAGACCCGGGUG